AACCACAAACAAAAUGAUUUGGACAGUUCGAUUUUCACUAUCGUUACUCGUAGUGAUCUGGUCUCAGAGCAUAUACGCUCUCGGUCAGUCACCAUGGCAAAGCGCAAGCAUGGCCGAAAGCUUCAUGACUUACUUUUCUGCUGCUUUAGGACAAUCAGGAGCAUUUACAAAUGAACAGAUGGAUGAUAUAGAUACGAUUGCCUCAUCUAUAAAAAUGGGUGUAGAUAAAAUGGAAAGAAGCGGAAAGACUUCCCAAAACAAACUGCAGGCAAUGAACAUGGCCUUCGCAUCAGCAGUGGCAGACAUAGCCAUAGCAGAAGGAAGAGGACAGAGCGCUCAAAUAAAAACUAAUGCUAUAGCCGACGCAUUAGCAUCUGCAUUCCUUCAGACGACUGGUGAAGUUAACAACCAGUUCAUAAAUGAAAUAAGAGGCUUAAUUUCUAUGUUCGCUCAGGCAAAUAGCAUAUCCUCGUCAUCAGCAUCAGCUAGCGCAUCAGCCGCAGCUGCCGCUAGUGGAUCUGGCGGUGGUGGACAAGGAUUUAGAGCCGGAUUAGGAGGUGCAGGAGGAGCUGGAGCAGCCAGUGCCGCGGCAGCUGCUGGCGGUCAAGGGGGACGAGGCGGAUUUGGUGGAUUAGAUUCUCAAGCAACAGGUGGUGCCGGUCAAGGAGGAUCGGGAGCCGCAGCUGCUGCAGCUGCAGCCAGUGGAGAUGGCGGUUCUGGAUUAGGAGGCUAUGGUGCGGGACGAGGAUAUGGAGCCGGUUUAGGAGGUGCAGGUGGAGCUGGAGCAGCCAGUGCCGCUGCAGCCGCUGGCGGUCAAGGAGGACGAGGCGGAUUUGGCGGAUUAGGUUCUCAAGGAGCAGGAGGUGCCGGUCAAGGAGGAUCGGGAGCCGCAGCCGCUGCUGCUGCAGCCGGUGGAAAUGGCGGUUCUGGAUUAGGAGGCUAUGGUGCGGGACGAGGAUAUGGAGCCGGUUUAGGAGGUGCAGGUGGAGCUGGAGCAGCCAGUGCCGCUGCAGCCGCUGGCGGUGAAGGAGGACGAGGCGGAUUUGGCGGAUUAGGUUCUCAAGGAGCAGGUGGUGCCGGUCAAGGAGGAGCAGGAAUCGCUGCUGCUGCAGCUGCAGCCGGUGGAGAUGGCGGUUCUGGAUUAGGAGGCUAUGGUGCGGGACGAGGAUAUGGAGCCGGUUUAGGAGGUGCAGGUGGAGCUGGAGCAGCCAGUGCCGCUGCAGCCGCUGCCGGUCUCGGAGGACGAGGCGGAUUUGGCGGAUUAGGUUCUCAAGGAGCAGGUGGUGCCGGUCAAGGAGGAUCGGGAGCCGCAGCCGCUGCUGCUGCAGCCAGUGGAGAUGGCGGUUCUGGAUUAGGAGGCUAUGGUGCGGGACGAAUAUAUGGAGCCGGUUUAGGAGGUGCAGGUGGAGCUGGAGCAGCCAGUGCCGCUGCAGCCGCUGGCGGUCAAGGAGGACGAGGCGGGUUUGGUGGAUUAGGAUCUCAAGGAGCAGGUGGUGCCGGUCAAGGAGGAGCAGGAGCCGCAGCUGCUGCAGCUGCAGCCGGUGGAGAUGGCGGUUCUGGAUUAGGAGGCUAUGGUGCGGGACGAGGAUAUGGAGCCGGUUUAGGAGGUGCAGGUGGAGCUGGAGCAGCCAGUGCCGCUGCAGCCGCUGGCGGUCUCGGAGGACGAGGCGGAUUUGGCGGAUUAGGUUCUCAAGGAGCAGGUGGUGCCGGUCAAGGAGGAUCGGGAGCCGCAGCCGCUGCUGCUGCAGCCGGUGGAGAUGGCGGUUCUGGAUUAGGAGGCUAUGGUGCGGGACGAGGAUAUGGAGCCGGUUUAGGAGGUGCAGGUGGAGCUGGAGCAGCCAGUGCCGCUGCAGCCGCUGGCGGUCAAGGAGGACGAGGCGGGUUUGGUGGAUUAGGAUCUCAAGGAGCAGGUGGUGCCGGUCAAGGAGGAGCAGGAGCCGCAGCUGCUGCAGCUGCAGCCGGUGGAGAUGGCGGUUCUGGAUUAGGAGGCUAUGGUGCGGGACGAGGAUAUGGAGCCGGUUUAGGAGGUGCAGGUGGAGCUGGAGCAGCCAGUGCCGCUGCAGCCGCUGGCGGUGAAGGAGGACGAGGCGGAUUUGGCGGAUUAGGUUCUCAAGGAGCAGGUGGUGCCGGUCAAGGAGGAUCUAGUGCCGCGGCUGCUGCAGCUGCAGCCGGUGCAGAUGGCGGUUCUGGAUUAGGAGGCUAUGGUGCGGGACGAGGAUAUGGAGCCGGUUUAGGAGGUGCAGAUGGAGCUGGAGCAGCCAGUGCCGCUGCAGCCGCUGGCGGUCAAGGAGGACGAGGCGGAUUUGGCGGAUUAGGUUCUCAAGGAGCAGGUGGUGCCGGUCAAGGAGGAGCAGGAGCCGCAGCCACUGCUGCUGCAGCCGGUGGAGAUGGCGGUUCUGGAUUAGGAGGCUAUGGUGCGGGACGAGGAUAUGGAGCCGGUUUAGGAGGUGCAGGUGGAGCUGGAGCAGCCAGUGCCGUUGCAGCCGCUGGCGGUCAAGGAGGACGAGGCGGAUUUGGCGGAUUAGGUUCUCAAGGAGCAGGUGGUGCCGGUCAAGGAGGAUCUAGUGCCGCGGCUGCUGCAGCUGCAGCCGGUGCAGAUGGCGGUUCUGGAUUAGGAGGCUAUGGUGCGGGACGAGGAUAUGGAGCCGGUUUAGGAGGUGCAGGUGGAGCUGGAGCAGCCAGUGCCGCUGCAGCCGCUGGCGGUCUCGGAGGACGAGGCGGAUUUGGCGGAUUAGGUUCUCAAGGAGCAGGUGGUGCCGGUCAAGGAGGAUCGGGAGCCGCAGCCGCUGCUGCUGCAGCCAGUGGAGAUGGCGGUUCUGGAUUAGGAGGCUAUGGUGCGGGACGAAUAUAUGGAGCCGGUUUAGGAGGUGCAGGUGGAGCUGGAGCAGCCAGUGCCGCUGCAGCCGCUGGCGGUCAAGGAGGACGAGGCGGGUUUGGUGGAUUAGGAUCUCAAGGAGCAGGUGGUGCCGGUCAAGGAGGAGCAGGAGCCGCAGCUGCUGCAGCUGCAGCCGGUGGAGAUGGCGGUUCUGGAUUAGGAGGCUAUGGUGCGGGACGAGGAUAUGGAGCCGGUUUAGGAGGUGCAGGUGGAGCUGGAGCAGCCAGUGCCGCUGCAGCCGCUGGCGGUGAAGGAGGACGAGGCGGAUUUGGCGGAUUAGGUUCUCAAGGAGCAGGUGGUGCCGGUCAAGGAGGAUCUAGUGCCGCGGCUGCUGCAGCUGCAGCCGGUGCAGAUGGCGGUUCUGGAUUAGGAGGCUAUGGUGCGGGACGAGGAUAUGGAGCCGGUUUAGGAGGUGCAGAUGGAGCUGGAGCAGCCAGUGCCGCUGCAGCCGCUGGCGGUCAAGGAGGACGAGGCGGAUUUGGCGGAUUAGGUUCUGAAGGAGCAGGUGGUGCCGGUCAAGGAGGAGCAGGAGCCGCAGCCACUGCUGCUGCAGCCGGUGGAGAUGGCGGUUCUGGAUUAGGAGGCUAUGGUGCGGGACGAGGAUAUGGAGCCGGUUUAGGAGGUGCAGGUGGAGCUGGAGCAGCCAGUGCCGUUGCAGCCGCUGGCGGUCAAGGAGGACGAGGCGGAUUUGGCGGAUUAGGUUCUCAAGGAGCAGGUGGUGCCGGUCAAGGAGGAUCUAGUGCCCUGGCUGCUGCAGCUGCAGCCGGUGCAGAUGGCGGUUCUGGAUUAGGAGGCUAUGGUGCGGGACGAGGAUAUGGAGCCGGAUUAGGAGGUGCAGAUGGGGCUGGAGCAGCCAGUGCCGCUGCAGCCGCUGGCGGUCAAGGAGGACGAGGCGGAUUUGGCGGAUUAGGUUCUCACGGAGCAGGUGGUGCCGGUCAAGGAGGAUCGGGAGCCGCAGGCGCUGCUGCUGCAGCCGGUGGAGAUGGCGGUACUGGAUUAGGAGGCUAUGGUGCGGGACGAGGAUAUGGAGCCGGUUUAGGAGGUGCAGGUGGAGCUGGAGCAGCCAGUGCCGCUGCAGCCGCUGGCGGUCAAGGAGGACGAGGCGGAUUUGGUGGAUUAGGAUCUCAAGGAGCAGGUGGUGCCGGUCAAGGAGGAGCAGGAGCCGCAGCUGCUGCAGCUGCAGCCGGUGGAAAUGGCGGUUCUGGAUUAGGAGGCUAUGGUGCGGGAGGAGGAUAUGGAGCCGGUUUAGGAGGUGCAGGUGGAGCUGGAGCAGCCAGUGCCGCUGCAGCCGCUGGCGGUCAAGGAGGACGAGGCGGGUUUGGUGGAUUAGGAUCUCAAGGAGCAGGUGGUGCCGGUCAAGGAGGAGCAGGAGCCGCAGCUGCUGCAGCUGCAGCCGGUGGAGAUGGCGGUUCUGGAUUAGGAGGCUAUGGUGCGGGACGAGGAUAUGGAGCCGGUUUAGGAGGUGCAGGUGGAGCUGGAGCAGCCAGUGCCGCUGCAGCCGCUGGCGGUCUCGGAGGACGAGGCGGGUUUGGCGGAUUAGGUUCUCAAGGAGCAGGUGGUGCCGGUCAAGGAGGAUCGGGAGCCGCAGCCGCUGCUGCUGCAGCCGGUGGAGAUGGCGGUUCUGGAUUAGGAGGCUAUGGUGCGGGACGAGGAUAUGGAGCCGGUUUAGGAGGUGCAGGUGGAGCUGGAGCAGCCAGUGCCGCUGCAGCCGAUGGCGGUCAAGGAGGACGAGGCGGGUUUGGUGGAUUAGGAUCUCAAGCAGCAGGUGGUGCCGGUCAAGGAGGAGCAGGAGCCGCAGCUGCUGCAGCUGCUGCAGCUGCAGCCGGUGGAGAUGGCGGUUCUGGAUUAGGAGGCUAUGGUGCGGGACGAGGAUAUGGAGCCGGUUUAGGAGGUGCAGGUGGAGCUGGAGCAGCCAGUGCCGCUGCAGCCGCUGGCGGUCAAGGAGGACGAGGCGGAUUUGGCGGAUUAGGUUCUCAAGGAGCAGGUGGUGCCGGUCAAGGAGGAUCUAGUGCCGCGGCUGCUGCAGCUGCAGCCGGUGCAGAUGGCGGUUCUGGAUUAGGAGGCUAUGGUGCGGGACGAGGAUAUGGAGCCGGUUUAGGAGGUGCAGAUGGAGCUGGAGCAGCCAGUGCCGCUGCAGCCGCUGGCGGUCAAGGAGGACGAGGCGGAUUUGGCGGAUUAGGUUCUCAAGGAGCAGGUGGUGCCGGUCAAGGAGGAGCAGGAGCCGCAGCCGCUGCUGCUGCAGCCGGUGGAGAUGGCGGUUCUGGAUUAGGAGGCUAUGGUGCGGGACGAGGAUAUGGAGCCGGUUUAGGAGGUGCAGGUGGAGCUGGAGCAGCCAGUGCCGCUGCAGCCGCUGGCGGUGAAGGAGGACGAGGCGGAUUUGGCGGAUUAGGUUCUCAAGGAGCAGGUGGUGCCGGUCAAGGAGGAUCUAGUGCCGCGGCUGCUGCAGCUGCAGCCGGUGCAGAUGGCGGUUCUGGAUUAGGAGGCUAUGGUGCGGGACGAGGAUAUGGAGCCGGUUUAGGAGGUGCAGGUGGAGCUGGAGCAGCCAGUGCCGCUGCAGCCGCUGGCGGUCAAGGAGGACGAGGCGGAUUUGGUGGAUUAGGAUCUCAAGGAGCAGGUGGUGCCGGUCAAGGAGGAGCAGGAGCCGCAGCUGCUGCAGCUGCAGCCGGUGGAGAUGGCGGUUCUGGAUUAGGAGGCUAUGGUGCGGGACGAGGAUAUGGAGCCGGUUUAGGAGGUGCAGGUGGAGCUGGAGCAGCCAGUGCCGCUGCAGCCGCUGGCGGUCAAGGAGGACGAGGCGGGUUUGGUGGAUUAGGAUCUCAAGGAGCAGGUGGUGCCGGUCAAGGAGGAGCAGGAGCCGCAGCUGCUGCAGCUGCAGCCAGUGCAGAUGGCGGUUCUGGAUUAGGAGGCUAUGGUGCGGGACGAGGAUAUGGAGCCAGUUUAGGAGGUGUAGGUGGAGCUGGAGCAGCCAGUGCCGCUUCAGCCGCUGGCGGUCAAGGAGGACGAGGCGGAUUUGGUGGAUUAGGAUCUCAAGGAGCAGGUGGUGCCGGUCAAGGAGGAGCAGGAGCCGCAGCUGCUGCAGCUGCAGCCGGUGGAGAUGGCGGUUCUGGAUUAGGAGGCUAUGGUGCGGGACGAGGAUAUGGAGCCGGUUUAGGAGGUGCAGGUGGAGCUGGAGCAGCCAGUGCCGUUGCAGCCGCUGGCGGUCAAGGAGGACGAGGCGGAUUUGGCGGAUUAGGUUCUCAAGGAGCAGGUGGUGCCGGUCAAGGAGGAUCUAGUGUCGCGGCUGCUGCAGCUGCAGCCGGUGCAGAUGGCGGUUCUGGAUUAGGAGGCUAUGGUGCGGGACGAGGAUAUGGAGCCGGAUUAGGAGGUGCAGAUGGGGCUGGAGCAGCCAGUGCCGCUGCAGCCGCUGGCGGUCAAGGAGGACGAGGCGGAUUUGGCGGAUUAGGUUCUCACGGAGCAGGUGGUGCCGGUCAAGGAGGAUCGGGAGCCGCAGCCGCUGCUGCUGCAGCCGGUGGAGAUGGCGGUACUGGAUUAGGAGGCUAUGGUGCGGGACGAGGAUAUGGAGCCGGUUUAGGAGGUGCAGGUGGAGCUGGAGCAGCCAGUGCCGCUGCAGCCGCUGGCGGUCAAGGAGGACGAGGCGGAUUUGGUGGAUUAGGAUCUCAAGGAGCAGGUGGUGCCGGUCAAGGAGGAGCAGGAGCCGCAGCUGCUGCAGCUGCAGCCGGUGGAAAUGGCGGUUCUGGAUUAGGAGGCUAUGGUGCGGGAGGAGGAUAUGGAGCCGGUUUAGGAGGUGCAGGUGGAGCUGGAGCAGCAAGUGCCGCUGCAGCCGCUGGCGGUCAAGGAGGACGAGGCGGGUUUGGUGGAUUAGGAUCUCAAGGAGCAGGUGGUGCCGGUCAAGGAGGAUCGGGAGCCGCAGCCGCUGCUGCUGCAGCCGGUGGAGAUGGCGGUUCUGUAUUAGGAGGCUAUGGUGCGGGACGAGGAUAUGGAGCCGGUUUAGGAGGUGCAGGUGGAGCUGGAGCAGCCAGUGCCGCUGCAGCCGCUGGCGGUCUCGGAGGACGAGGCGGAUUUGGCGGAUUAGGUUCUCAAGGAGCAGGUGGUGCCGGUCAAGGAGGAUCGGGAGCCGCAGCCGCUGCUGCUGCAGCCGGUGGAGAUGGCGGUUCUGGAUUAGGAGGCUAUGGUGCGGGACGAGGAUAUGGAGCCGGUUUAGGAGGUGCAGGUGGAGCUGGAGCAGCCAGUGCCGCUGCAGCCGCUGGCGGUCAAGGAGGACGAGGCGGGUUUGGUGGAUUAGGAUCUCAAGGAGCAGGUGGUGCCGGUCAAGGAGGAGCAGGAGCCGCAGCUGCUGCAGCUGCAGCCGGUGGAGAUGGCGGUUCUGGAUUAGGAGGCUAUGGUGCGGGACGAGGAUAUGGAGCCGGUUUAGGAGGUGCAGGUGGAGCUGGAGCAGCCAGUGCCGCUGCAGCCGCUGGCGGUGAAGGAGGACGAGGCGGAUUUGGCGGAUUAGGUUCUCAAGGAGCAGGUGGUGCCGGUCAAGGAGGAUCUAGUGCCGCGGCUGCUGCAGCUGCAGCCGGUGCAGAUGGCGGUUCUGGAUUAGGAGGCUAUGGUGCGGGACGAGGAUAUGGAGCCGGUUUAGGAGGUGCAGAUGGAGCUGGAGCAGCCAGUGCCGCUGCAGCCGCUGGCGGUCAAGGAGGACGAGGCGGAUUUGGCGGAUUAGGUUCUCAAGGAGCAGGUGGUGCCGGUCAAGGAGGAGCAGGAGCCGCAGCCACUGCUGCUGCAGCCGGUGGAGAUGGCGGUUCUGGAUUAGGAGGCUAUGGUGCGGGACGAGGAUAUGGAGCCGGUUUAGGAGGUGCAGGUGGAGCUGGAGCAGCCAGUGCCGUUGCAGCCGCUGGCGGUCAAGGAGGACGAGGCGGAUUUGGCGGAUUAGGUUCUCAAGGAGCAGGUGGUGCCGGUCAAGGAGGAUCUAGUGCCGCGGCUGCUGCAGCUGCAGCCGGUGCAGAUGGCGGUUCUGGAUUAGGAGGCUAUGGUGCGGGACGAGGAUAUGGAGCCGGUUUAGGAGGUGCAGGUGGAGCUGGAGCAGCCAGUGCCGCUGCAGCCGCUGGCGGUCUCGGAGGACGAGGCGGAUUUGGCGGAUUAGGUUCUCAAGGAGCAGGUGGUGCCGGUCAAGGAGGAUCGGGAGCCGCAGCCGCUGCUGCUGCAGCCAGUGGAGAUGGCGGUUCUGGAUUAGGAGGCUAUGGUGCGGGACGAAUAUAUGGAGCCGGUUUAGGAGGUGCAGGUGGAGCUGGAGCAGCCAGUGCCGCUGCAGCCGCUGGCGGUGAAGGAGGACGAGGCGGGUUUGGUGGAUUAGGAUUUCAAGGAGCAGGUGGUGCCGGUCAAGGAGGAGCAGGAGCCGCAGCUGCUGCAGCUGCAGCCGGUGGAGAUGGCGGUUCUGGAUUAGGAGGCUAUGGUGCGGGACGAGGAUAUGGAGCCGGUUUAGGAGGUGCAGGUGGAGCUGGAGCAGCCAGUGCCGCUGCAGCCGCUGGCGGUGAAGGAGGACGAGGCGGAUUUGGCGGAUUAGGUUCUCAAGGAGCAGGUGGUGCCGGUCAAGGAGGAUCUAGUGCCGCGGCUGCUGCAGCUGCAGCCGGUGCAGAUGGCGGUUCUGGAUUAGGAGGCUAUGGUGCGGGACGAGGAUAUGGAGCCGGUUUAGGAGGUGCAGAUGGAGCUGGAGCAGCCAGUGCCGCUGCAGCCGCUGGCGGUCAAGGAGGACGAGGCGGAUUUGGCGGAUUAGGUUCUCAAGGAGCAGGUGGUGCCGGUCAAGGAGGAGCAGGAGCCGCAGCCACUGCUGCUGCAGCCGGUGGAGAUGGCGGUUCUGGAUUAGGAGGCUAUGGUGCGGGACGAGGAUAUGGAGCCGGUUUAGGAGGUGCAGGUGGAGCUGGAGCAGCCAGUGCCGUUGCAGCCGCUGGCGGUCAAGGAGGACGAGGCGGAUUUGGCGGAUUAGGUUCUCAAGGAGCAGGUGGUGCCGGUCAAGGAGGAUCUAGUGCCCUGGCUGCUGCAGCUGCAGCCGGUGCAGAUGGCGGUUCUGGAUUAGGAGGCUAUGGUGCGGGACGAGGAUAUGGAGCCGGAUUAGGAGGUGCAGAUGGGGCUGGAGCAGCCAGUGCCGCUGCAGCCGCUGGCGGUCAAGGAGGACGAGGCGGAUUUGGCGGAUUAGGUUCUCACGGAGCAGGUGGUGCCGGUCAAGGAGGAUCGGGAGCCGCAGGCGCUGCUGCUGCAGCCGGUGGAGAUGGCGGUACUGGAUUAGGAGGCUAUGGUGCGGGACGAGGAUAUGGAGCCGGUUUAGGAGGUGCAGGUGGAGCUGGAGCAGCCAGUGCCGCUGCAGCCGCUGGCGGUCAAGGAGGACGAGGCGGAUUUGGUGGAUUAGGAUCUCAAGGAGCAGGUGGUGCCGGUCAAGGAGGAGCAGGAGCCGCAGCUGCUGCAGCUGCAGCCGGUGGAAAUGGCGGUUCUGGAUUAGGAGGCUAUGGUGCGGGAGGAGGAUAUGGAGCCGGUUUAGGAGGUGCAGGUGGAGCUGGAGCAGCCAGUGCCGCUGCAGCCGCUGGCGGUCAAGGAGGACGAGGCGGGUUUGGUGGAUUAGGAUCUCAAGGAGCAGGUGGUGCCGGUCAAGGAGGAGCAGGAGCCGCAGCUGCUGCAGCUGCAGCCGGUGGAGAUGGCGGUUCUGGAUUAGGAGGCUAUGGUGCGGGACGAGGAUAUGGAGCCGGUUUAGGAGGUGCAGGUGGAGCUGGAGCAGCCAGUGCCGCUGCAGCCGCUGGCGGUCUCGGAGGACGAGGCGGGUUUGGCGGAUUAGGUUCUCAAGGAGCAGGUGGUGCCGGUCAAGGAGGAUCGGGAGCCGCAGCCGCUGCUGCUGCAGCCGGUGGAGAUGGCGGUUCUGGAUUAGGAGGCUAUGGUGCGGGACGAGGAUAUGGAGCCGGUUUAGGAGGUGCAGGUGGAGCUGGAGCAGCCAGUGCCGCUGCAGCCGAUGGCGGUCAAGGAGGACGAGGCGGGUUUGGUGGAUUAGGAUCUCAAGCAGCAGGUGGUGCCGGUCAAGGAGGAGCAGGAGCCGCAGCUGCUGCAGCUGCAGCCGGUGGAGAUGGCGGUUCUGGAUUAGGAGGCUAUGGUGCGGGACGAGGAUAUGGAGCCGGUUUAGGAGGUGCAGGUGGAGCUGGAGCAGCCAGUGCCGCUGCAGCCGCUGGCGGUCAAGGAGGACGAGGCGGAUUUGGCGGAUUAGGUUCUCAAGGAGCAGGUGGUGCCGGUCAAGGAGGAUCUAGUGCCGCGGCUGCUGCAGCUGCAGCCGGUGCAGAUGGCGGUUCUGGAUUAGGAGGCUAUGGUGCGGGACGAGGAUAUGGAGCCGGUUUAGGAGGUGCAGAUGGAGCUGGAGCAGCCAGUGCCGCUGCAGCCGCUGGCGGUCAAGGAGGACGAGGCGGAUUUGGCGGAUUAGGUUCUCAAGGAGCAGGUGGUGCCGGUCAAGGAGGAGCAGGAGCCGCAGCCGCUGCUGCUGCAGCCGGUGGAGAUGGCGGUUCUGGAUUAGGAGGCUAUGGUGCGGGACGAGGAUAUGGAGCCGGUUUAGGAGGUGCAGGUGGAGCUGGAGCAGCCAGUGCCGCUGCAGCCGCUGGCGGUGAAGGAGGACGAGGCGGAUUUGGCGGAUUAGGUUCUCAAGGAGCAGGUGGUGCCGGUCAAGGAGGAUCUAGUGCCGCGGCUGCUGCAGCUGCAGCCGGUGCAGAUGGCGGUUCUGGAUUAGGAGGCUAUGGUGCGGGACGAGGAUAUGGAGCCGGUUUAGGAGGUGCAGGUGGAGCUGGAGCAGCCAGUGCCGCUGCAGCCGCUGGCGGUCAAGGAGGACGAGGCGGAUUUGGUGGAUUAGGAUCUCAAGGAGCAGGUGGUGCCGGUCAAGGAGGAGCAGGAGCCGCAGCUGCUGCAGCUGCAGCCGGUGGAGAUGGCGGUUCUGGAUUAGGAGGCUAUGGUGCGGGACGAGGAUAUGGAGCCGGUUUAGGAGGUGCAGGUGGAGCUGGAGCAGCCAGUGCCGCUGCAGCCGCUGGCGGUCAAGGAGGACGAGGCGGGUUUGGUGGAUUAGGAUCUCAAGGAGCAGGUGGUGCCGGUCAAGGAGGAGCAGGAGCCGCAGCUGCUGCAGCUGCAGCCAGUGCAGAUGGCGGUUCUGGAUUAGGAGGCUAUGGUGCGGGACGAGGAUAUGGAGCCAGUUUAGGAGGUGUAGGUGGAGCUGGAGCAGCCAGUGCCGCUUCAGCCGCUGGCGGUCAAGGAGGACGAGGCGGAUUUGGUGGAUUAGGAUCUCAAGGAGCAGGUGGUGCCGGUCAAGGAGGAGCAGGAGCCGCAGCUGCUGCAGCUGCAGCCGGUGGAGAUGGCGGUUCUGGAUUAGGAGGCUAUGGUGCGGGACGAGGAUAUGGAGCCGGUUUAGGAGGUGCAGGUGGAGCUGGAGCAGCCAGUGCCGUUGCAGCCGCUGGCGGUCAAGGAGGACGAGGCGGAUUUGGCGGAUUAGGUUCUCAAGGAGCAGGUGGUGCCGGUCAAGGAGGAUCUAGUGUCGCGGCUGCUGCAGCUGCAGCCGGUGCAGAUGGCGGUUCUGGAUUAGGAGGCUAUGGUGCGGGACGAGGAUAUGGAGCCGGAUUAGGAGGUGCAGAUGGGGCUGGAGCAGCCAGUGCCGCUGCAGCCGCUGGCGGUCAAGGAGGACGAGGCGGAUUUGGCGGAUUAGGUUCUCACGGAGCAGGUGGUGCCGGUCAAGGAGGAUCGGGAGCCGCAGCCGCUGCUGCUGCAGCCGGUGGAGAUGGCGGUACUGGAUUAGGAGGCUAUGGUGCGGGACGAGGAUAUGGAGCCGGUUUAGGAGGUGCAGGUGGAGCUGGAGCAGCCAGUGCCGCUGCAGCCGCUGGCGGUCAAGGAGGACGAGGCGGAUUUGGUGGAUUAGGAUCUCAAGGAGCAGGUGGUGCCGGUCAAGGAGGAGCAGGAGCCGCAGCUGCUGCAGCUGCAGCCGGUGGAAAUGGCGGUUCUGGAUUAGGAGGCUAUGGUGCGGGAGGAGGAUAUGGAGCCGGUUUAGGAGGUGCAGGUGGAGCUGGAGCAGCAAGUGCCGCUGCAGCCGCUGGCGGUCAAGGAGGACGAGGCGGGUUUGGUGGAUUAGGAUCUCAAGGAGCAGGUGGUGCCGGUCAAGGAGGAUCGGGAGCCGCAGCCGCUGCUGCUGCAGCCGGUGGAGAUGGCGGUUCUGUAUUAGGAGGCUAUGGUGCGGGACGAGGAUAUGGAGCCGGUUUAGGAGGUGCAGGUGGAGCUGGAGCAGCCAGUGCCGCUGCAGCCGAUGGCGGUCAAGGAGGACGAGGCGGGUUUGGUGGAUUAGGAUCUCAAGCAGCAGGUGGUGCCGGUCAAGGAGGAGCAGGAGCCGCAGCUGCUGCAGCUGCAGCCGGUGGAGAUGGCGGUUCUGGAUUAGGAGGCUAUGGUGCGGGACGAGGAUAUGGAGCCGGUUUAGGAGGUCCAGGUGGAGCUGGAGCAGCCAGUGCCGCUGCAGCCGCUGGCGGUCAAGGAGGACGAGGCGGAUUUGGCGGAUUAGGUUCUCAAGGAGCAGGUGGUGCCGGUCAAGGAGGAUCUAGUGCCGCGGCUGCUGCAGCUGCAGCCGGUGCAGAUGGCGGUUCUGGAUUAGGAGGCUAUGGUGCGGGACGAGGAUAUGGAGCCGGUUUAGGAGGUGCAGAUGGAGCUGGAGCAGCCAGUGCCGCUGCAGCCGCUGGCGGUCAAGGAGGACGAGGCGGAUUUGGCGGAUUAGGUUCUCAAGGAGCAGGUGGUGCCGGUCAAGGAGGAGCAGGAGCCGCAGCCGCUGCUGCUGCAGCCGGUGGAGAUGGCGGUUCUGGAUUAGGAGGCUAUGGUGCGGGACGAGGAUAUGGAGCCGGUUUAGGAGGUGCAGGUGGAGCUGGAGCAGCCAGUGCCGCUGCAGCCGCUGGCGGUCAAGGAGGACGAGGCGGAUUUGGCGGAUUAGGUUCUCAAGGAGCAGGUGGUGCCGGUCAAGGAGGAUCUAGUGCCGCGGCUGCUGCAGCUGCAGCCGGUGCAGAUGGCGGUUCUGGAUUAGGAGGCUAUGGUGCGGGACGAGGAUAUGGAGCCGGUUUAGGAGGUGCAGGUGGAGCUGGAGCAGCCAGUGCCGCUGCAGCCGCUGGCGGUCAAGGAGGACGAGGCGGAUUUGGUGGAUUAGGAUCUCAAGGAGCAGGUGGUGCCGGUCAAGGAGGAGCAGGAGCCGCAGCUGCUGCAGCUGCAGCCGGUGGAGAUGGCGGUUCUGGAUUAGGAGGCUAUGGUGCGGGACGAGGAUAUGGAGCCGGUUUAGGAGGUGCAGGUGGAGCUGGAGCAGCCAGUGCCGCUGCAGCCGCUGGCGGUCAAGGAGGACGAGGCGGGUUUGGUGGAUUAGGAUCUCAAGGAGCAGGUGGUGCCGGUCAAGGAGGAGCAGGAGCCGCAGCUGCUGCAGCUGCAGCCGGUGGAGAUGGCGGUUCUGGAUUAGGAGGCUAUGGUGCGGGACGAGGAUAUGGAGCCGGUUUAGGAGGUGCAGAUGGAGCUGGAGCAGCCAGUGCCGCUGCAGCCGCUGGCGGUCAAGGAGGACGAGGCGGAUUUGGCGGAUUAGGUUCUCAAGGAGCAGGUGGUGCCGGUCAAGGAGGAUCGGGAGCCGCAGCCGCUGCUGCUGCAGCCGGUGGAGAUGGCGGUUCUGGAUUAGGAGGCUAUGGUGGACGAGGAUAUGGAGCCGGUUUAGGAGGUGCAGGUGGAGCUGGAGCAGCCAGUGCCGCUGCAGCCGCUGGCGGUCAAGGAGGACGAGGCGGGUUUGGUGGAUUAGGAUCUCAAGGAGCAGGUGGUGCCGGUCAAGGAGGAGCAGGAGCCGCAGCUGCUGCAGCUGCAGCCGGUGGAGAUGGGGGUUCUGGAUUAGGAGGCUAUGGUGCGGGACGAGGAUAUGGAGCCGGUUUAGGAGGUGCAGGUGGAGCUGGAGCAGCCAGUGCGGCUGCAGCCGCUGGCGGUCAAGGAGGACGAGGCGGAUUUGGCGGAUUAGGUUCUCAAGGAGCAGGUGGUGCCGGUCAAGGAGGAUCUAGUGCCGCGGCUGCUGCAGCUGCAGCCGGUGCAGAUGGCGGUUCUGGAUUAGGAGGCUAUGGUGCGGAACGAGGAUAUGGAGCCGGUUUAGGAGGUGCAGAUGGAGCUGGAGCAGCCAGUGCCGCUGCAGCCGCUGGCGGUCAAGGAGGACGAGGCGGAUUUGGCGGAUUAGGUUCUCAAGGAGCAGGUGGUGCCGGUCAAGGAGGAUCGGGAGCCGCAGCCGCUGCUGCUGCAGCCGGUGGAGAUGGCGGUUCUGGAUUAGGAGGCUAUGGUGCGGGACGAGGAUAUGGAGCCGGUUUAGGAGGUGCAGGUGGAGCUGGAGCAGCCAGUGCCGUUGCAGCCGCUGGCGGUCAAGGAGGACUAGGCGGAUUUGGCGGAUUAGGUUCUCAAGGAGCAGGUGGUGCCGGUCAAGGAGGAUCGGGAGCCGCAGCCGCUGCUGCUGCAGCCGGUGGAGAUGGCGGUUCUGGAUUAGGAGGCUAUGGUGCGGGACGAGGAUAUGGAGCCGGUUUAGGAGGUGCAGAUGGAGCAGGAGCAGCCAGUGCCGCUGCAGCCGCUGGCGGUCAAGGAGGACGAGGCGGAUUUGGCGGAUUAGGUUCUCAAGAAGCAGGUGGUGCCGGUCAAGGAGGAUCGGGAGCCGCAGCCGCUGCUGCUGCAGCCGGUGGAGAUGGCGGUUCUGGAUUAGGAGGCUAUGGUGCGGGACGAGGAUAUGGAGCCGGUUUAGGAGGUGCAGAUGGAGCUGGAGCAGCCAGUGCCGCUGCAGCCGCUGGCGGUCAAGGAGGACGAGGCGGAUUUGGCGGAUUAGGUUCUCAAGGAGCAGGUGGUGCCGGUCAAGGAGGAUCGGGAGCCGCAGCUGCUGCAGCUGCAGCCGGUGGAGAUGGCGGUUCUGGAUUAGGAGGCUAUGGUGCGGGACGAGGACAUGGAGCCGGUUUAGGAGGUGCAGGUGGAGCUGGAGCAGCCAGUGCCGCUGCAGCCGCUGGAGGUCAAGGAGGACGAGGCGGAUUUGGCGGAUUAGGUUCUCAAGGAGCAGGUGGUGCCGGUCAAGGAGGAUCUAGUGCCGCGGCUGCUGCAGCUGCAGCCGGUGGGGAUGACGGUGCAGGACGAGGAGGCUUUGGUCAUGAACUAGGUUUUGGAGCCGUCUUAGUAGGUGCAGGUGGAGCUGGAGCAGCCAGUGCCGCUGCAGCCGUUGGCGGUCAAGGAGGACGAGGCGGAUUUGGCAGAUUAGGUUCUCAAGGAGCUGGUGGUGCCGGUCAAGGAGGAUCGGGAGCCGCAGCCGCUGCUGCUGCAGCCGGUGGAGAUGGCGGUUCUGGAUUAGGAGGCUAUGGUGCGGGACGAGGAUAUGGAGCCGGUUUAGGAGGUGCAGGUGGAGCUGGAGCAGCCAGUGCCGCUGCAGCAGCUGGCGGUCAAGGAGGACGAGGCGGAUUUGGCAGAUUAGGUUCUCAAGGAGCAGGUGGUGCCGGUCAAGGAGGAUCUAGUGCCGCGGCUGCUGCUGCUGCAGCUAGUGGAGAUGGCGGUUCUGGAUUAGGAGGCUAUGGUGCGGGACGAGGAUAUGGAGCCGGUUUAGGAGGUGCAGGUGGAGCUGGAGCAGCCAGUGCCGCUGCAGCCGCUGGCGGUCAAGGAGGACGAGGCGGAUUUGGCGGAUUAGGUUCUCAAGGAGCAUGUGGUGCCGGUCAAGGAGGAUCGGGAGCCGCAGCCGCUGCUGCUGCAGCCGGUGGAGAUGGCGGUUCUGGAUUAGGAGGCUAUGGUGCGAGACGAGGAUAUGGAGCCGGUUUAGGAGGUGCAGGUGGAGCUGGAGCAGCCAGUGCCGCUGCGUCCGCUGCUGCUUCACGCUUAUCAUCACCUAGUGCUGCUUCCAGAGUCUCUUCCGCUGUUACAUCUUUGAUAUCAGGUGGCGGCCCAACUAAUCCUGCAGCGUUAUCUAAUACUUUUAGCAAUGUUGUUUAUCAAAUUAGUGUAAGUAGUCCUGGUCUCUCUGGCUGUGAUGUUCUUAUACAAGCUUUACUCGAACUCGUUUCGGCUUUGGUACAUAUUCUUGGUUCAGCUAACAUUGGGCAAGUUAAUUCCAGCGCUGCUGGAGAAUCAGCUUCAUUGGUUGGACAAUCCGUAUACCACGCUUUCUCUUAAAAAAUUAUGUAAGGUCUUUUGAAUUUUUUGAAUUCAAAUCUAUUUUUUGAAAUAUAUUUGUUCUGAAAUAAAAUUAUGCAUUACUGAAA